AUGAGGUUCCUGACGAGUGUUCUGCUAGCUGUGACAGCAGUUCAGGCUCACUACACGUUCCCCAAGCUUGUCGUCAACGACAAGGCCGAGACAACCCAAUGGGCCUCCACGCGCAUGACGAAGAACGCCCAGAGCAAGCAAGGCAUUGAGGACCCCACGAGCGCAGAUAUUCGCUGCUAUCAAUCGACGAACGCCGCUUCGAUCAUCGAGGUGCCCGCUGGAGCGACUGUCCACUACGUGUCGAGUCAGCAGGUCAAUCAUCCUGGCCCUGUUCAGUACUACCUCGCCAAAGUGCCGGCAGGUUCGACGGCGGCGACCUGGGACGGUGCCGGGGCGGUGUGGUUCAAGUUCCACACCGAAAUGCCCACCAUGGACACAAACAAGCAGCUCGUCUGGCCUGGGCAGAACGAGUACAAGACCACGAACGCGACGAUCCCAGCAGGCACCCCAGACGGCGAAUACCUCCUCCGCGUAGAGCACAUCGCCUUGCACAUGGCCAUGCAAGCCAACAAGGCCCAGUUCUAUCUAGCUUGCUCCCAGAUCACGAUCACUGGUGGUGGAAGUGGCACGCCGGGCCCUCUCGCAUCGUUCCCCGGAGCGUACAAGAGCAGUGACCCAGGCAUUCUGGUGAACCUGCAGAGUCUUCAACCGGACGCCUACAUCCCACCGGGACCGGCUGUGUGGAGUGGCUGA